AUGGCGAAUGGCAAUCUUCAAUUCCGCGUCGCAACCCCAGACGACGCAGCGCAGAUUCAAAAAUUGGUACAGUCUGCAUUUCGUGCCGAAGACAGUAGGAAAAACUGGACAGGGGACAUGACUCUUGCGUCGCAGUUCAGCGUCAAGGUCGAGGAGAUCAUGAGCAACAUCACCAAGCCGGAUAGCGCAUACCUCAUAGCUACCGAUGAAAACGGCGUCCUAAAGGGUUCUGUGGGUGUCUCUAAACGCGACGCCGACCUUGCCCGCAUCUACAUGCUUGCGGUUGACCAGCACCACCACCGGGGAGGCAUUGGGCGCAAGGUCCUGGCUUAUGCUGAGGACUACUGUCAACAGAGGUGGAGCGUUAGCAAGCUGGGACUUAAUGCCCUUUCUUCCCGCCACGAGCUGAUCUUGUGGUACAUACGCUGCGGCUAUCGAAAGACGGGGGAGUUAACGCCGUUUCCGCGUGAAUGGUUCGCGGGCUUGAGUUUACCGGGCGACUUGUGUUUUGUCGAACUGGAAAAGGACUUGAAUAGGGGCGCCCCCGCAGUCGAGGAAACAUAG